AUGUCAACAAAAAAAACAGCAGGACAAAGGCAAAAUGAAGUGUGGGAAUAUUUUAUUAAAACCCCACUUAAUUCACAUGGGCAUUACUCUGCAGAGUGCAACUUUUGCAAACAACACUGGGGCAGAGCCUAUGUACAAUCAUUACAAGCUCAUUUAGCCAAUAAUUGUCCAGCAUGUCCUGAUAUGAUUCAAAGAUUUUAUCUUGAAGUUUUAUCAACAGAAAAUUUGGCUGAAGAUAUUACAUCAACAAAUGACUUUUAUGAAAAUAAAGAAUUAUCAGAAGGAAAAAUUGAAGCCAUUAACAUUGCUCUU